UCCGCCCGGCUGCGUAGAGCUGGGCGAGCGUGUUGGGGUUUAGGUCUCUACCUGUCUUGGGAGCCGGCAUGGAGACCUCGACGGGCGGUGAUGGCACCGACGCGCCGGCGGCCGAUCCGGAGCUGGCUUCCACCAUGGGCUUCACCGGAUUUGGAAAGAAAGCCAGGACAUUUGACUUGGAAGCCAUGUUUGAGCAAACCCGAAGAACAGCAGUGGAAAGAAGUAGAAAAGUUUUGGAAGCCAGAGAGAAAGAGGAAGAACUGCAGAAAGAGAGAGAAUUAAGAAGGCAACAUGAAGAUAAUGAAUCAAUACCUUCAGGCUCAAGUUUGACCAAACAUCCUUCUGUAUCAGCUUACAGUGACACAGAGAGCAGUGGAAGUGAAGAUAGUUCUGAUGAAGAAUUAAUUGGACCUCCUUUGCUACCCCGAACCACCCAAGUACAAUCCGAAGAUACAGAUGAACUCAUAGGUCCACCACUGCCACCUGGAUACCAGGACAGUGAUGAUGCUGAUGAUGAUGAUGGUGAUGAUGAUGAAAUGCAAGAUGAAAUUAACCCUGUCAAAAAAAUACCUGAUUCUCAUGAAAUCACUUUGCAGCACGGCAGUAAAACAGUUUCUGCCUUAGGUCUGGACCCUUCAGGUGCCCGUUUGGUAACAGGAGGCUUUGAUUAUGAUGUUAAAUUUUGGGAUUUUGCGGGGAUGGAUGCUUCCCUUCAAGCUUUCCGAUCUCUUCAACCCUGUGAUUGUCACCAAAUUAAGUCACUACAGUACAGCAGCACAGGAGAUGUGAUUCUUGUGGUAUCUGGAAACUCUCAGGCCAAAGUGCUUGACAGAGAUGGCUUCCUAGUGAUGGAAUGUGUGAAAGGAGACCAGUAUAUUGUAGACAUGGCCAACACCAAGGGUCACACGGCAAUGCUUAAUACUGGCUGCUGGCAUCCCAAGAUAAAGGAAGAGUUUUUGACUUGUUCAAAUGAUGGGACUGUGCGAACCUGGGAUGUGGACAAUGAUAAGAAGCACAAGAGUGUGUUUAAACCAAGAACAGUUCAGGGAAAAAAAGUCAUUCCAACCACUUGUACGUACAGUAGAGAUGGGAAGCUCAUUGCAGCUGGCUGUCAGGAUGGAAGCAUCCAAAUCUGGGACAGAAAUAUGAGUGUUCAUACCAAAUUCCACUGCAGGCAGGCCCAUGAUCCUGGCACAGAUACAUCCUGUGUGACGUUUUCCUAUGAUGGCACUGUCCUUGCCUCUCGGGGAGGGGAUGAUACUUUAAAACUAUGGGACAUUCGACAGUUUAAGAAACCUCUUUUUUCAGCUGCAAAUCUUCCUACCUUCUUCUCCAUGACUGAUUGCUGCUUCAGUCCAGAUGAUAAACUUUUGGUCACUGGAACAUCUGUUAAGAAGGGAGGUGGCAACGGCAGGCUUGUUUUUUUUGAACGCCAGACAUUCCAUAAAGUAUAUGAAAUCGAUGUCACCAAUGCAAGUGUGGUACGCUGCCUGUGGCAUCCGAAGCUAAACCAGAUCAUGGUUGGAACCGGAAAUGGAUUGGCUAAAGUGUAUUAUGAUCCCACCAAGAGUCAGAGGGGAGCAAAAUUAUGUGUAGUUAAAAACAAAAGGAAGACUAGACAAGCUGAGACUUUAACCCAGGACUACAUCAUAACUCCUCAUGCACUGCCUAUGUUCCGCGAGCCACGCCAACGCAGUACAAGAAAACAGUUGGAAAAGGAUAGAUUAGAUCCUCUGAAGUCUCACAAACCUGAACCUCCUGUGGCAGGCCCAGGUCGUGGUGGUAGAGUUGGAACACAUGGAGGAACCUUGUCAUCAUACAUAGUGAAAAACAUUGCUCUGGAUAAGACUGACGACAGCAACCCCCGGGAAGCCAUUUUACGACAUGCAAAGGAAGCUGAGGAUAACCCAUAUUGGGUUGCUCCAGCUUAUUCCAAGACUCAGCCUAAAACUGUUUUUGCAGAAGUAGAAUCUGAAGAUGAAGAAACAAAGAAUGAACCAGAAUGGAAAAAACGUAAAAUUUGAAGAAUCUAUUUUGAGGUCAGAGAGGAGUGGAAGAGAGUCAUGACCAAUUUUUUUUCUUAAUUCUUUGCAAAUAAAUGAGUAUAUUGAUUCCCAACACCAGUAAUAACUGUUUUAAAGUUGUGCUAAAUAUGUGCUCAAAUAUUUUUGUUGCAUUUAUUAAACCUGUUUAUUUUCAUUAAAAAAGAAGCAGAUUCUUAA